GUUGAUGCGGCGACUUGUUUCCCGAGUGCGCGCUGACGACCUUGUUCCACUAGAUUUUUCGUUGUAUCAUAGUUGGGCAGCCGAUAUGACUUCUCCGUGACAAGGGACGGCGGAACCGAAGUGAGAUGACACUGUUGAGUGCGGCACUCCGCGCUGGUGUGAAAAUCACCGCUUCAGUCAGAGCCGGAGGAGCUCCCCUUCGAGCGACCAGGGCCGCCCUUACGUUAACUCCGGCAGCCGUGCACCGCGUGAAGGAGCUGCUAUCUAGUCAACCGAAGGCGAUCGGUUUGAAGGUCGGAUUGAAGCAUCGAGGCUGCAACGGAAUGAGCUAUGUUCUUGAUUUUGCUCACGAGAAAGCAAAAUUCGACGAGGAAGUUUUCCAGGAUGGAGUGCGCAUACUCAUCGACGCGAGAGCACAACUCUCGCUCUUGGGAACCGAGAUGGACUUCGUAGAAAGCAAACUGGCGUCAGAGUUCGUGUUCCACAAUCCGAACGCGAAAGGAACGUGCGGCUGCGGCGAAAGCUUCACGGUUUAGCUUGCAAUACACGGCUGAUGGGCGGAGCAGGAACCUCAAUGCAUUAUGUGAAUCCUCCGUGAUCAAUCUUAGAGGAGGAUCUCCUCCGAACUCUGUAUAUAAUGUUGUUGCU